GAGAAGGAAAAGGAGGGGGAGAAUGCCCGGAGCCGCCGCCGCGAUGCUGCCAGCCCAGGAGGCUGCGAAGCUGUACCACACCAACUAUGUGCGGAACUCGAGGGCCAUCGGCGUGCUGUGGGCCAUCUUCACCGUUUGCUUUGCCAUCGUCAACGUGGUGUGCUUCAUCCAGCCCUACUGGAUUGGCGACGGCGUGGACACCCCGCAAGCCGGCUAUUUCGGGCUCUUCCACUACUGCAUCGGCAACGGCUUCUCCCGGGAGCUGACCUGCAGGGGCAGCUUCACGGACUUCUCCACGUUGCCCUCGGGCGCCUUCAAAGCCGCCUCCUUCUUCAUCGGCCUCUCCAUGAUGCUCAUCAUCGCCUGCAUCAUUUGCUUUACCCUCUUCUUUUUCUGCAACACGGCGACCGUGUACAAGAUCUGUGCCUGGAUGCAGCUCACCUCCGCUGCCUGCCUUGUGCUUGGCUGUAUGAUUUUCCCUGAUGGCUGGGAUUCAGAUGAAGUAAAACGAAUGUGUGGAGAAAAGACGGACAAGUACACUCUUGGGGCUUGUUCAGUCCGCUGGGCAUACAUCCUGGCUAUUAUUGGGAUUUUGGAUGCUCUGAUCCUCUCAUUUCUGGCAUUUGUGCUUGGUAAUCGACAAGACAGCUUGAUGGCAGAGGAACUAAAGGCAGAAAACAAAGAUGAUGGAAAUGCUUAAAGCAAAUAAGGUAGUGUGAGACCACACCAUUUCUGCUAAGCCAAUAUUCUCUAGAAUGAGCACAAGCUAAACAAAUCGAAUUAACAGCUUUCGUACAUCAACAUCAAGAAGGAAGACACUUGGGAGAGACAAGAGUACAGCGAUGAAUAUGAACAAGAGUGAAACAUCCACUUGUCAAAUCUAGAUUGGCAGAGAUGGGAGUGAUUUUCUAGAAAGAAAUGUGAUUAUGGAUUAAACACCAGCUCACUGGAAACUAUCAUUGUACAAGAUCAGAUAACAUUCACAAGAAAUUGCAUUCAUACAAAAUCACAUUCAGGAAAUAUUUCAAGGAAGAGGAAUGUAAAUGUGCUAGAAUUAACAUGUAAAAUAUAUAUGUACUGAGGUUUGUAAACUGUCCUUUUUUUUAAUCAAACUGAAAACAAAAAGCUUUAAUUUUUCAACAUUAUUUUAAAAAAAGGCAGUCAAUCCUAACAUUUCUAUCUCAGUAGCCAAAAAGCUAGUCAAGCAUCAUUUAUUGAGGAAGUGUCUUAGAAAAUGCCUCUGAAUACCUUCAUAGGAGCCAUGAUCUUUGGUUCUCCCAUCUCUGCUGUUCUAUUUUUUUUCAUGUGUAAUUAGUUACAAUCACUCAGUUAAGAGAUGUAACACUGCAAAGUUUUUACCAAGUGUGUGUUCAGUUUAAAGUCUGUACAAGUCAUCACUGAGAAAGUGUUUCUGAGGUAUACUGUUACUCCAUCAAGCUGUAUAUUACAGGAAGUACAUCUUUACAUCAUAGGUUCCCGAGCAGCAUAGAUUUCCCUAUCUUUCAGGAAAUAGCAUCAAGGAAUUUUGAAAAUAUAGAAAGUUCAUAUUCACCUCUGAUGCUCACAUGUAAUACAUAGGCUGCUAUCAAAUAAAUACUUUUUCUAAUUCUCCCUAGUAUAUGCAUAGGAAUUUAAUAUACUUUAUAAAUAGGCAUAUGCAAUAUCUCUUCUUUUCCUUCCAUAUCAUUUCUUUGCCAUACAUAUCAUGAGAAAUCAUAUUCUUUCUUUCCUUUACUGACAGGCACUCAUUUUUGUUUUUUAAAAAAAUCAUUUCAUUAAACCUAUUUCUAAAUGAUAGUAAGUGGUACUAAAUAAAUAAAUAAUAAUUUAUUAGCCUUAGAAAUAAAUGAAUAUAUACUUAUACAGGUCAAAGAAACUUGGUAGAAAUAAAUUGCCUUUUGUUUACUAACAUUGGUUUCAAAAAUGUUCAAUUAUUUCUAGUUGGUUGACAUCUGAAGGUAGCUACAACUGGUUAGUUGUCUUCAACAAUCUUGCUCCCAGGUUUACCCCCAUCCACCACUAUCCUCACCACAAAUUCUGCCAAUAUGCCACAACAGAAAAAAAUAUUUAGUAUUGAAGUAACCAAUUGCUUGAGAAUGAUCACAAGCUAAAAGGUACAUACAGGAAUAAUCAAUGUAAGCCAAACCAUGUCCCAUACCUGAGCAGAAAACAUGCCUUCAUUUUGCAACUCAAAAUUAAGAUAAGAUAAUACAAGAUGUAAUACAGAUCACAGUUGAUCUCUCCUACCUUCUCACUGUUAGGGCCGUGCUCCUAUUUUUGCCAAAUACAGGGUCUGGCAGAAGUAACUCCUGCUUGAGUAUGGUUAGUAGAGUAUGUGAAUGUCUCUCAUGAGAUGGACAGCAAUUUGAACA